GCUAUAACUGGGGAUUCUGUUAUUCUAAAGUUCGAGAAGGCAAGAUGUGCACUUCAAGACAGUCUCAGGCACAUCGACGAUAUUGUCCCACAAUCAAUUGGUUCUCAGGUGCGCGCAUAAUAACCUUCUUCUAUCCAUUGAAUGAGUUUUUACUUGAUUGUUAAAUUGAUGUAAUCUCGUCAUUCCUUUGGACUGCCAAACCGGAUUAGUGAAUCUAUUCGCUGAGUUCCAACUGCUUUGGGAAGUUUUAUCCAUGCUUGUAUGGCUUCAGCAGUCUUGCAAGAUACGUUUCCCUCCAUUAUGGGCAACGUUGACAUGCAUCUUUAUUCAUGUGCCAUGCUAUCGCAUCUGCUAUCACGGGCUUUACAAAAAUAUGAGCUCUAAUAUUUGUGACAAUUGGGCUUUAAUGUAUGGGUAAAAAACGAUGGGUUGACUUGAGUUAACUAAACUUAAAAAAAAAACUUGAAGACAUAGUAUGAAACUUUGACAGCCAAGUGUACAUGAUAUAGUGAGUUUAAGCUGGGAUUUUUUGUUUGAGGCCACUAUGUAGGCCCUUGUCUGAUGAUGUGUUGUGGGUCCAUGGGAGGGCAUCCGUUAACUUGCAUAUAAGGAGAGCUCGUGAUUGUUUAAAAGCCAGAGGAUUUCUUUCCCUUUUUACCAUUUUGGCUGGUAAGGUGUUAACCUGCUUUUCCUUGUCAAAGAAAGAGGGGAAGAAAAGAUUUUGCUGAUUAUAUUUGAUUCAGCCUUCCAUGACCUGGCUUUGGAUAAUUUGCUUGCUUUUAUUUGGUAUUCAAAACAGAGUUAUAAUUGAGAUGUGAAAGAUUUUGCAAGCCUGUUUCAAAUAUUUCAGAUGUUGCUCACAUGCUGGACGGCCAUCUAAAUGAUCCUGAUUCAGAAGAUUGUGAAUGAACUUGACGAUACUGUCUUCACGCUUGAUCCAUUAGAGAAGCAUGUUGGUGAUGAAAUUAUUGCAUUGCUCCAGAAGGGGGAAAAAAUCAAUAACAGUAAUGUUAAUAACGAGCUAGAAUGUUUUCACCAGGCUGCUACUAAACUUGGAAUAACCUCUUCGAGAGCAGCUCUUACAGAGAGAAGAGCUCUCAAGAAACUCAUAGAAAGAGCUCGUGUGGAAGAAGACAAGAGGAAGGAAUCAAUUGUGGUUCAUCUCUUACAUCUCAUGAGAAAGUACUCCAAAUUAUUUAGAAGUGAGAUCUCUGAUGACAAUGAUUCACAGGGUUCUACUCCUUGUUCUCCCACUGUUCAGGGCUCUCUUGAUGAUUGUGAACCUAGUGGCAAUGGUCAUCCCUUUGAAGGGUUGAAGCCAAACAACAGAAGAUCAGGGCAGAUGCCUCCUGAAGAAUUGAGGUGUCCAAUAUCAUUGCAGCUUAUGUAUGAUCCGGUGGUCAUUGCUUCUGGGCAAACAUAUGAGAGGAUCUGCAUUGAGAAAUGGAUUGGUGAUGGGCAUAAUACCUGCCCAAAGACUCAACAGAAGCUCUCACAUCUCUCAUUGACUCCUAAUUACUGUGUUAAAGGUCUCAUUGCUAGUUGGUGUGAACAGAAUGGAGUUUAUAUUCCUGAUGGGCCUCCUGAGUCUCUUGACCACAACAAUGUGAGGCUGGCAUUAUCCGAGUCUGAAUCUGCAAUUUCAAGAGCUAUGGACAGUGUUGGCUCUUGCAAUCCAAAGGGGGUUAAGGCUAUUCCUUUAGAGGAGUGUGGUACCACAGAGGAGGUUGAAGGAAAUGAAAUGGAAAAUUUGUCUCCUAAGCUGGAAGAGUGUGAGCUUGGUUUGUUGGAAAGUUACCAGCAUUUUCUGUCUGUCUUGGAUGAGGAGGAAGAUUUGAGGAAAAAGUGUAUAGUGGUGGAGCAAAUAAGGUUGUUGCUGAAGGAUGACGAGGAGGCUAGGAUUUUUAUGGGGGGCAAUGGGUUUGUGGAAGCUCUUUUGCGAUUUCUAGAUUCAGCUUUGCAUGAAGGGAAUGUAAUGGCUCAGGAAAGUGGUGCCAUGGCUCUCUUCAACCUAGCUGUCAACAAUAGCAGAAACAAGGAAAUGAUGUUUGCUGCAGGAGUAAUUUCCUUGUUGGAGGAGAUGAUCUCCAACCCCAAUUCCCAUGGAUCUGCCACAGCUCUCUAUCUGAACCUGUCCUUCCUUGAAGAAGCCAAGCCUGUCAUUGGCUCAAGUCCGGCAGUUCCUUUCUUAACCCAGAUCCUUCGAGCUAAUACUGAACCCCAGUGCAAGCUUGAUGCCCUCCAUGCCCUCUAUAAUGUCUCCACUCUUCCAUCCAAUAUUCUAAACCUCAUUUCAGCUGGUAUCGUCAGUGGCCUCCAAUCCCUUCUUGCAGCUUCUGGUGAUCAUAGGUGGGCAGAAAAAGUCAUUGCUGUCCUUAUAAACCUGGCUUCAUGUCAGUCAGGAAAGGAUGAGAUUAUAUCAGCACCUGGCCUUAUUGGUGGACUAGCAACAAUGCUAGACAUUGGCGAGCCUAUUGAGCAGGAGCAAGCUGUCUCAUGUCUCUUGAUUUUGUGCAAGGGAAAUGAGAAAUGCAGUCAAAUUGUUCUACAAGAAGGGGUAAUACCUGCACUGGUGUCAAUGUCAGUGAACGGGACUUCCAGGGGGAAAGAUAAGGCUCGGAAACUUCUGAUGCUGUUUAGGGAGCAUCGACAACGAGACCAACCACCACCUACUGUGAUGCAUCGGCUUGCUGAAAAGAGGGAGAAUCCUAUGCCUGCAUUAGAAUCGAAGCCGCUAUGUAAAUCAAUCUCUAGAAGAAAGAUGGGUAAAGCAUUUAGCUUUUGGAGAAGCAAGAGCUAUUCAGUUUAUCAAUGUUAGGUUCAGAGUAGUAAAAUUUUUCGUUUUGAUAGAGAAAAUAUGUAUAGGCUCCUUGUAAUUUAUGGGUCCUGCACUUUUAGGUAGGAGUCAGGACUACGUGUAUUGUAUUGUAUAUGUCAAUUCAAGCCCUGGGUAGCAUUGGAAGCCCUAUGGUGCCUGAUUCCGUGUGAAAGCCAAAGCGCAUGACUGUCAGUAUCAGCGCCAAAUCACUCGUAAUUUGAUAUUGGCUCGAGUGGCAAAAGAUGCUUGACUACACGGUCAGAGAAAUCUUAGACGUUUAGCUUUUGGGGAGACUUCUUCCAGGUCUAAAGUUACUGAGAGUGAUGCUACGAGGGAAGGCCGAGUAUUUUUGCAAGAAUAUAUAACGUUUGACCUAUAUUGAUUUUGACACCCUUUAUUUAAGCAUCCCUUGGUGUUCAGUCUUUAAGUAGGAGUCCAGAAUCCAGAUAGAAACUUCAGGGCUGAUUAUAUAGAGAAAGGAGAUAAGUGUAAAAACCGAAUGCAUUUAAAUAUGGUUCCCAAUAAUUAGCAUUCCAUUUUAUAGAAUUUGAAAGCCUU